AUGGGCAGACUGCCGGGCGUUUCAACCGAAGGUAGUUUCGACCCUUCGGUUCCUGGAUCCGGGCCCCAGGACCGGCAUGCCGUUCCCCUCGCUGUGGGGGCAAAUGGCAAGCGGCUGAAGGAGUGGGCGGUCUGGCGGACCAUCGGGAAGGGCCAUUUCCCCUUGCAGCGAGUGCGAGGCCCGGACAGGGUGCAGGCGGAACCCGCACCGGCUCCUUCCGCACGGCCUGCAGUUGCCUGCACAGCGCUGUGUAACCACGCGUCACCGUUCCUGCAGAGUCAUCGCUCUGGGCCUAGCAGAGAGGCAGCCGGCACCGAGCAGGCUGCUCACCCGUACCUUUGCUCCCUAGCAGUGACCCUGCCUAACCUUCAUCAAUCAGGACACCGGGGUCCCGAGGCAAGGGGCCAACCCCUAUCUCCUGCAUCCUCGAGGCUCUGUUCCGGGUACCCCGCGCGCCCCCUGGGCGCCCACCCGGCCCUAGCCCUGGAAGGCUUCCGGUGCCUGGCCUUGGGCCACGCCAGCCGCCUGUGGGAGGAGUUACAGCAGUUCUGGGCCGACCACUGCUCGCGGCGCUUUUCGCCGCGGCGCCCGCCGCUCCGCCACAUCUCCUCCAUGUCCACCUUCUACCUGCUGGACCACCGCACGCGCCAGGCCGAGCUGGGCCUCAACUACGGCGCGCCGCGGACCCGCCUCAGCAACGAGGCCUUCGUGUUCCGCGACGGCCGCUGGGCGGCCGAGGACCCGCCCGGGCGAUCAACGCCGCUGCCGCCGCCCUCGCCUACCAGCCCGGGCCGGAACGCACAGGGGCAGCGCGGCAAGAGCCAAGCGCUGCUGGAAGAGAACAACUACCUGAAGCUGCAGCAGGAGCUGCUCAUGGACAUGCUGACGGAAACCACCGCGCGCGUGCACCUGAUGCAGAAUCAAAGCAGCGAGACCAGCACGGCGGACUCGGCGCGCGUCUGGCGGACGGAGCAGGCGCGACGGCGCGGACGGCGCGCCCACGCUGGGGCCGCGGGCACGCAAUAAAGUCCGUGCGGUGUUCGCGCGCCUCUUUACUCGCCGCGGCCCUGGCGCCUUGGUGGGGCCCGGCGCAGGCGGCCUGGGGGCUGCGCGCCCACGGGAGCCGGAUUCCGGUUCCUGGUGUGGAAAGGUGGUUCAGCCGGCAGCCCGUCUCGCGAGGGGGCGAUAGGGCCGUGGAGUAGGCUUGUGUGUGGCCCGCUAGGAACACAGUGGGAGCUAGGCUUGCAGCAGGCAGUGCCGCGGGCGGGAGAUGGCAGGGGUGGCAGGCAAUGGCCUUCUUGGCCCAGGGGACAGAGGACGAAGUCCGGGAGGCAGCGAAACCUUGGGCUCUCUGGGAUGGAGGGUGCGGUGAGGCGGCCGGCGGAUCGCGGACCUUGCGCUCCCAGCCUCGAGGGGUUCGUGGGAGGCGUUUCAGUCUGAGUCCAGGGCAAGUGUAUUUUAGGACCAGGAAACUGUUCCCCUAAAAAAGCUUUCUGGAAACUUUGGGCUCUGCCUCCCUACCUGGCUGGCUUUUGGCGAGUUACUUCUCUCCUGCUGACCUCCUACGUGGAAUGAGGGGUGUCUGCCCGACCCAGGAUAUAAUCCUGUAUAGAUGGGAUUUGCCCAACCUACGCUAUUUUAACAUUCUGUGUUAGUUGCCAGCAUUUAAGAAUUUGGAGUAUUUCGCAUCAAAAAAAUCUAGAUUUCCUGUGUUCUGCAGAAAACCCAGAAGACUUGGCCACCCUGGACUUUCAGUCUACCCAGCAGCAGUUCCCUGGAGCUGAAUUGUGGCUGUCACCGCCUAGUCAGCUUCACUCCUCUUUCCUCCUUUCGGUGGCUGAUUUGGGUGUCGCUCUAGCUAGGUGUUCUCUCGCAGGACAUGGGGGAGUCCAUUCCCCCAUCUCACAC